AUGCCUGAUUCACCAGCUCAAAUUUGGGAUGUUAGAGGCUGAGUGGAAUCCACGCCAAUUCCUGAUUGGUUGACCCUCUUACCGGGAGUUCAAACUAACCCUCGCGCGGGAACAGUUGUUCCGGGCACCCUGGAUCGUAUCAUUGGAAUGCUCAGCGUCGCCGCGGAAGAACUUCCAGACUGUCCGUUCUACUUCCAGUCUGAUAAACUCUGCUCAACCAUCCGUGCUACAGUGCCCAAAAUGUCCCUUCUUAGUGUUGAUUUCAUAUUUUUGGCAUAUAUAGUUGCUUUUAUCAAGUGCUCUGGUAAUGACGAAGACACGUAG